UACAAGAUAUUCAUGGCUUUUGUGUAUUAUAUGUAAAUAACAUGGCAAGUUCUACUUCAAUUUUGCACUUGCAGAAAUUUGCCCUUUUGAAAGAGCAAGUAAACAGGAUAUUAUACUAUACAAGAUUUUUCAUUUGUUGGUGUUGCUGGCACUUCACUGGUAGUCAAAUGUAUAUUAAUACAUUAACUGUGCCACUAGAUGGCAGUAAUAAUCUCUGCAGGUGACAGGUGCGCCCUGGAGGCAGACAAUGCCAGAGUGAGUAACUGGAGGAAUUCCCUACCUAUAAACACGUCAUCUCCUCACCUGCUAAGUAAGGAAAGUGAAAGAUCCCUGUUAGUUCCCAGCAUUGCUUUUGUAGCCAGACGUACAGAAACAUAUCCUGCCUUUGCACAAAUGCAUUUUCUCUUCAUUUGGGGCUCCGGGUAUAAAAAGAUGAUGGAAAGAACUGGGAGAAACUGCAGCCCGGAAACACAGAGGAACCAUCUAAGAGACCAGGUAAGGGAGCCACAUAUGUAAUGGGGAGACUGUGUGUUGUGUGGUGGAUGCUGUGCAACUAUAAAUGUGUGGUGGAUGCUGUGCAACUAUAAAUGUGUGGCAUUUGCUGUUCAUGAAAAUGGCUUGGGUGUUUGUGUAUAGGCUACAUGAGAUCUGAGCACACUCACUAACAUUGCACUCACUGAUCUCUCACAUGUCAAGCCAUGGAAAUUCCUAUCAGACUGGCCGCCAUGAUGGUCCUGCUGGUGACAGUGACAGCACAUCCACACAGAAGGCACUGCCACACGUCCAGAUACAGAUCCCUGUCCCCCAGUGAUAUAAGGGCAGUCAGACUUCUGCACAAUGAGCAUGAGAAAAGCUCCACAAACGAUGGAAUAAAAUGUCAGAAGAGAAUGUUUCGGCAGAAGCCGUCUGUAUGUGAACUGAAGGCAAGUGACAGACUGAUUCUGACUCUGGAGAGAGUGACCUUGGCUGUCGAUGUUCUGACAAAUAUGUCUGAGUCUCCACUGAGUGAAUUCAUAUCCCAGCCGCUUGAGUUUUUCCGUAGCCUGGAAGAUGACCUGAAACACUGUAGAAAGUCUCCAUUGAACAGCGACCCCCCCUCCCAACAGUUGAUGCCAUGGCUGAACCAUCUCAAGCAUUUCAGAGAAAAGGUUUCCUCUCAGUGUGUCCAGGAUGCCGUGUUACUCAGCCUAAUCCAGCUCCUAAUUGAAGAUGUAAUGUGUUGGGCUAAUAAAGAAUAAUGCCCUGCUUUCUCCAGGAGCAAAGUCAGUAGAAACCGUGUGGAGACCUUAUCCCACAAGCUUCCCCUGCUCCACAAGUCUACAUGUACAUAUCAGAACUCAUACACAGGAGGCACCGCAUCAUUUACUCCUGACUCCCACAGAGUAUGGGCAGUGCCCAGCUUCUUACUCCUCUACCUGCACUGAUUGUGGCAACUGGAUUGUACCAACUUGCACUUAUUAAAUCAGAGGCUGUUUAUUUCUCUAUAUUUAAUAUAAAUUAGAAGAUACCAACUAUAAUCUUAUUUAAUCUUAUUUAUAUGUAUUUAUAUGAACGUACUGAAUAUUGUGUGAACAAAAUAUUAAUUUAAUUCAUAAAUAUAUUGUAUUCUAACUCCCAGGAGGAGAUAUUGCUUUUAAUAUUAU